CUGAAAUACGAAGACAUACCACCAUGGUAUCAAGACAACCCGUACAUCAAGCGCGGCUAUCGCCCAGUUUCCAAUUCAUUCAAAGCCUGCCUCUCGUCGUCAAUCUUCAUCAUGCAUAACCAAACACUCAACAUCUUGACCCAUCUGAUUCCAGCAAUCGUUAUUGUCUGUAUAUUCUGGCAACUCCAGACGCUCAUCAACAACUACUUUCCCGAAGCUUCACCCAUUGAUCGCAUCAUUUUCAACCUCAAUCUCUUCGCUGCUCUCACAACUGCUCUGCUAUCGAGCUCCUACCAUACGCUCAUCAACCACAGUCAGUGGAUCUCGGAGACUAGCUUGAAAGUCGACUAUCUUGGUAUCCUGAUCCUCAUUCAGUCGAGCUUUAUUUCUGGUAUUUACGUCGGGUUCUAUCGCCAUCCAAACAUCCAAAAGCUGUACUGGGCGAUGAUCACCACCCUAAGCACGGUUGCUUGCGUACUCACCUUGCACCCCAAGCUGCAAGGACAAGCAUGGCGAGGUAUCCGCACCCUAGUCUUCGUACUCACCGCGCUUUCUGGCCUAGCCCCUAUCUUCCAUGGUGUCAUUGCGUACGGGCUCGAAGAAGCGUUACUGUAUUCUGGCAUGCAGUAUUGGUUAACAGAGGGUGUAGCCUAUGGCAUUGGCGCAUUCUUCUUUGCCACACGUAUCCCGGAAAGCUUGAGUACGAAAGGGAAAUUUGACAUCAUCGGCUCCUCGCAUCAAAUCUUCCACGUUUGUGUAGUGAUUGGUGCUGUGGUACAUUUGUAUGGCGUG